AUGGCAAGUUUAAGUAUCUGCGCAUUACUUGUGGUGAUCAGUUAUCAUAAGGAUUCUAUGAGAGAAACUGAGAAGCUUGCUGAUAUGAAAUAUGGACGGCAACAUUGUAUGCCGCAUGGUUUGCAACAUGGUAAGCAGUGUGGAAUGGAAGAUGGUAUGGAACAGGAUAUGCAACAAGGUAUGCUACUGGGCAAGCAACAUAGUAUGGAACCUGAUUUGCAACAUGGUAAGCAACAUAUCACGGAACAUGGUAUGCAACAGGAUAUGCAACAAUGUAUGCAAAAGGACAUGAAACAUGAUUUGCAACAUGGUAUGCAACAGGAUGUGCAACAAGGUAUGCAACAGGACAUGCAACAUGUUAUGAAACAUGAUUUGCAACAUGUUAAGCAAAAUGGCAUGGAACAUGGUAUGCAACAGGAUAUGCAACAAUGUAUGCAAAAGGACAUGAAACAUGAUUUGCAACAUGGUAUGCAACAGGAUGUGCAACAAGGUAUGCAACAGGACAUGCAACAUGUUAUGAAACAUGAUUUGCAACAUGUUAAGCAACAUGGCAUGGAACAUGGUAUGCAACAGGAUAUGCAACAAGGUAUGCAACAGGACAUGCAACAUCGUAUGAAACAUGAUUUGCAACAUGAUAAGCAAUGUGGCAUGGAGCAUGGUAUGCAACAGGAUAUGCAACAAGGUAUGCUACAGGGUAUGCAACAUGAUAUGGAACAUGAUUUGCAACAUGGUAUGGUACAUGGUAUGCGACAUGGUGGACACCAUGGUUUGCUUCAAGAAAUGCAAAGAUUUAAUCAAGCAUUGCAAAGAUUGCAAUAUGAAUUGCAAGUAAGAAUGCAAGAUGAAUCGCAACAUGGAUUGGACGGGUCAAUGCAACAAAAACAAACAGAACAAUGUUGUAUAUGUUAUGAUAAAGAAGUAGAUACAGACCAAUAUAUUGAAGCAGAAGCAGAGUCAGACCAAUAUUAUACAGAAAAAGUAGAGUCGGACCAAUGUGAUGAAGAUUGUGAUGCCAUACCGCCAAAAACGGCCAUCAAUAUUUAUUUAUCUGCCUUUUUGUCGCUCAGAUCAGUAUUUCUAAGAGAAUGUGGAAAGAAUAUUGGGAACAUAACACAGAAGUCCAGAUUAAACGAAGAUGGUACGCAGAUAUACAACAAGACUUAA